AUGAUUCGUCCACACAAACAGAAGAUAAGCCUUGUAGAGCCUCCCAAAAAAUGAAGUUUACGACCUUCCUCUCUCUCUUUCUACUUUGUGCCUUCACCUCGAACCUUCCUUCAGCCAGUGCUGAUUUGGUGGACACUGACGGUAAUCCUAUUCAAAAUGGAGGCGUAUAUUUUAUAACGCCAGUUAUAAUAACUGGCAACGGGGGUGGGGUAGAAUUUGCAGCAACCGGAAACGAAACUUGUCCUUUGUCCGUUGUCCAAAAUCCCAAUCCUUUCUCUAACGGCUUCCCUGUACACAUUUCAUCCCCGUUAAGAAUCCUUUUUAUACGUGAAAGCACUAUUUUGACCUUGGGGUUCACUUUUGUGCCUCCGUGUGCUCCCACCCCGUCUGUGUGGACUCCUGUGAAGGGUGAGGAAGAGGAACUCUCUGUUAAACUUACUGGAUACGACAACACAGUAGGCGGUUGGUUUAAGAUUCAGAGUGUUCCUGUUGACAUUGGGGGCUACAACAUCUUGUUCUGUCCUCUCGAUAGUAGUUCAUGUGACUAUCUUGGGAUUCAGUUUGAUGCUGCUAGAAACAGGCAUUUGGUGAUCACCCAGAAAGCGGACGCAGCCUUAUGGGUUCGGUUUCAGAGACUUUCGCCCGCAUCAUCUGCAAUUUCUCUGCAUGAACCAUCACUGCUCCUAAAAAGUCAUGACUAGCUUCUCCAACUUAGUCACAAACAUAAUCUAGGCGCUAAAUAAAUGUUUAUUUCGCUGUCGUUGUAAUAAAUCUUCGCAUGACUGAACUUAAUAAGAUUCGACACCCUUGAAAAAAAUACCUUCUUCAUUUU